UAUCUUAAAUGCGCAAAGAAAGGGCGCCGGGGACACCUGGUUGGGCUCUGCAGCUCCCUUCUGGGUUCCGAGGCCCAAGCCCUUGGGAGCGUUUGUGAGUGGAAGGGAGGUCACGCUAUCGUCCGCGGCCCCAGCAGCCCAGUGCCCUCACUGGAUCCCGCGACGCGGCUCCUUUAAGAGCCUCGUGGGUCGCCCGCCGUAGGUCACUCCCCGGCCAUGCGGGCGCUGCGGGCCGGCCUGACCCUGGCGUUGGGCGCGGGGCUGGGUGCGGCCGCCGAGGGCUGGCGGCGGCGGGAGGACGCGCGGGCGGCGCCGGGGCUGCUGGGCCGGCUGCCCGUGCUGCCCGUGGCGGCGGCCGCCGAGUUGCCCCCUGUGCCCGGGGGACCGACGGGCCGCGGCCCGGGCGAGCUGACCAAGUACGGGCUGCCGGGGCUGGCGCAGCUUAAGAGCCGCGAGUCGUACGUGCUGUGCUAUGACCCGCGCACCCGCGGCGCGCUCUGGGUGGUGGAGCAGCUGCGACCCGAGCGUCUCCGCGGCGACGGCGACCGGCGCGAGUGCGACUUCCGCGAGGACGACUCGGUGCACGCGUACCACCGUGCCACCAACGCCGACUACCGCGGCAGUGGCUUCGACCGCGGCCACCUGGCCGCCGCCGCCAACCACCGCUGGAGCCAGAAGGCCAUGGACGACACGUUCUACCUGAGCAACGUCGCGCCCCAGGUGCCCCACCUCAACCAGAAUGCCUGGAACAACCUGGAGAAAUACAGCCGCAGCUUGACCCGCAGCUACCAAAACGUCUAUGUCUGCACAGGGCCACUCUUCCUGCCCAGGUCCACGGUGCACCAGGCUCUCCCGCCUUCAGUCUCUGCUCUGCUUGGAGCACUCCCCUCCACCCUUCUCGGGAGUUUAAACCUAGAUCUGCCUGACCCAGGGCCUCCACUCUUGCUCCUGUGCAGCCCUGCCUCUCAGCUGGAAGCAACUGAGCACCUCUGGGUGUGCUCCGUGGUUUUUCUGGCCUGCAGAGGGCUGGGACUGAGAGGCAACAGGUCGAGGCUGAGCACUCUGGAAUCCACAGGCUCGGGAUGGAGUCCAGGCCUCAUCACCUAGUUCCUUGGUGCUGUGGGCAAAUGACCUGUGUCCCCCCCUGCAAAACCUGUGACCUCUUGGUUGAUGUCACAUGCUUCCCCAGGGCCUGGCCCAUGGUAAGGGCUCAGCACAGGCUGGCCAAGGCGGUGGUUGGGACACUGAUCAAAUUUCAUUAGCAGGUGCCUCCUAGGGCCCUGUGCAAGGAGACUCUGCUGAGGGGGAAGCCCCCGUCCGGUGUCCCGGCACCUGUGCUGGUGCUGGGAUGUCACCUGUCAUGGUCCUUGCCCACUUGGUGCUCACCUCUGUGGGGAGAGAUGGACAGUCAUUAAGUCUCCCCUCAGACGAAUGUGAAUAUUCAGAAGGCUCAAUUCUUCUAGCAGCAUUUAUUGUCGCCCACUCUGCCUGACCCAGUGUUGGGCAUAAGGAAAACAGAGGGAAAGAGUUAACCACCCUGGAGAGAGUUCCAGCCUCAAGGAGGAGCCAGGCAGGCUACAGAAGUCUCACAGUGAGGGAGUGGUCCUGCAGGUUGACAGAAGUUAGAGGACAGAUCAGGGAAGGCUCCCUGGAAGAGGUGGCCUUGGCUUCAUCCAGGCCCCCUGCCCACGUGUGCCUGGGUCUGCCCACAGGACAGAGGCUGAUGGGAAAUCCUACGUAAAGUACCAGGUCAUUGGCAAGAACCACGUGGCAGUGCCCACACACUUCUUCAAGGUGCUGAUCCUGGAGGCAGCAGGUGGGCAAACUGAGCUCCGCUCCUACGUGAUGCCCAACGCACCUGUGGAUGAGGCCAUCCCACUGGAGCGCUUCCUGGUGCCCAUCGAGAGCGUCGAGCGGGCUUCGGGGCUGCUCUUUGUGCCAAACAUCCUGGCGCGGGCAGGCAGCCUCAAGGCCAUCACGGCGGGUAGUAAGUGAGGGUGGAGCCCAGCGAGACUGUGGGUGUGUGCAGGCUGGGCGUAUUAAAGGUGGUAACUUUUGGA